CUUUCAGAUGCACUGGAGCAGAAGUAUCGAGAGAGACUCGAGGCUCUGGAGGGACUGCGUGCGUCUGUCGUGCAGUCGUACAGGGAGGAUGAGGCAGGGAGAAGCGCCAUCCAUAUUGUACCUGACUGCUGCAACCUGAACUCUGACCUGUACGAGGAGGACGUGCGAUUUAAGUCGAAGGUCAACACUCAGGCAAUGUGCAUGUCGCAGUCGGCGGUGGCGCCGGACCCGGGUCACACGAAGCGACUUCAUGACACAGUGCUGGAUCGCAUGCGCACAAACCUGCAGACUGUUCCCUCACUCAAGUGGCAGUACUAUGGUGACGAAAACGGUGUGAUCACGACCUUUCCCUCUGUGCCGAAGAAGGAUUGCCACAAGUAUGAUCCGAGAUUCAGGUACGUGUGGUUUCGUUACGUCAGCAAGCAAUCGAAUUGGCCCACGUCGGACAUCAAGGUGUUCGUCAAGACCAGAGCUUGUUACGCGAGAAGUUUGGUUUCCGGGUAUAGGACCGUUUGGUGGAAGACCGAAUUAAGCAGUGUGUUUGCCAUGCCCAAGCUGCUACCACCAACAACGCAGAAGCGACCAGGAACCUCUCAAGAUGACAACACUAUUGGCCAUGGAAAGAAGUGGCAGUAUUUUGCCGGUCCAUUUCGCGACGGAAAUACUUGCUAG